CCACUCAGUAUACUUCAUACUAUUACGUCCAACGUUUUCUGUCGUCUAUACGUCUAUCUUAAAAAAAUUAAAAAUGAAGUACUUCGUUACCAUUUUUUUGGUUUUUCAUAUAUCUCUCAUUUUUCUGCAAAAGACGUCAACUGCAUCACCUCUAGAUAACUACUUGGAUAAAGAUUCGCUUGAAGAAAAUGGAGUUGAACUAUUGACAGACGUAGACGAUUACAUGGAUAAGGAUUCAGAAGAUGAUAGAUUGACUUUAACUUUUCCCGGUGUACAAAAAAGGAAACUACCGACCCAAAGAAUAUUUCGUAGAUAUUGUGUGCCAAGAGGAGGAAACUGCGACCACAGGCCCAAGUUCUGCUGUAACAGUAGUUCCUGUCGUUGCAAUCUUUGGGGAGCAAAUUGCAAAUGUCAAAGAAUGGGAAUCUUUCAGAGGUGGGGAAAGUAAAUAAGUUAGAGUUCUGAUCACUUAUUUCAAAAUAAAUUGUUUCAAGUUUAAUUCAGUCUACAAAAACAAAGAUUUUCUUUUUGCUUUGAAUUCAACAGUGUAAUAAAAUCAUUUAUACUUGUUUGUCAUUUAUUGCGUUUUCUUUACAAUAAAAUGAGUCUACUGCUAGUCUACAA